AAAGUUGGAAUGCUCAUUUUGUAGAAAUGUUGUAAAUAUGGCGCACGUGUCUGAGUCGGUGUUACCACACAAACUAUCCCUGAUUAAUCAUCCUAUGGCAGUUUGGUGCCGAAGUUUUCUGAAAACAGUCACAUACCACAGAAGAUUCAUUAUUAAAACAACAGUUAACUUUACGUACAUAAGGAGGAUGUCGGGCGAUACAAAGAGUUUGAAGAUUGGUACCCACAAUGGGACAUUCCACUGCGAUGAAGUGCUGGCCUGCUUCAUGCUCAAGCAACUGCCACAGUACAAAGACUCGGAGAUUGUCAGGAGUCGUGACCAGGCAAUAUUGGACACAUGUGACAUUGUGGUCGAUGUGGGAGGAGUGUACGACCCCAAGAAACACAGAUAUGACCAUCAUCAAAGGAGCUUUAAUGAGUCGAUGUCAAGCCUGUGUGAUGGGAAGGCGUGGGUGACCAAGCUGAGCAGUGCUGGGCUCGUGUACCUGCACUUUGGGCGUCGUCUGCUUGCCCAGAUCUUUGAGCUUACCGCUGAAGACCCUAUUGUUGAAACGGUGUAUGACCUGAUGUACGAGGGCUUCAUCGAGGAGAUUGAUGGUGUUGACAAUGGAGUCAAUCAGUAUGAUGGUGAACCAAGGUACAAGGUGACGACCACACUAAGCAGUCGGGUAAGGAAUCUCAACCCGGCCUGGAAUGAAACAAGUUUUGAUGAACAGGGUCAGUUUAUGAAGGCCAUGGAGAUGGUAGGGAGUGUGUUUCUGGACCGGGUUCUCUUCUACAAGAACUCCUGGCUACCGGCCCGAAGUCUCGUUGAGGAGGCACUCAAUAACAGGCACAAGGUUGACGAGAGUGGUGAGAUAGUGUGUCUAUCUGCGGGUGGCUGUCCAUGGAAGGAGCACCUGUUCCAGCUGGAGAAGUCCCUCGAUGUUUCCCCGACCAUUAAGUACAUGUUGUACACUGACACAGCCGGCAAGUGGCGUAUACAGUGUGUCCCAGUACGACCAGACAGCUUUUCUAACAGACUGUCAUUGCCAAGUGAUUGGCAGGGCCUGCGAGAUGAUGAACUGAUCAAGAAGAGUGGCAUUCCGGGCUGCAUCUUCGUACACGCUAACGGCUUCAUUGGGGGAAACCAGACGUACGAAGGCGUUCUAGCAAUGGCUAAAUACAGCCUUAAACAACAGAUCACAUGAGCGAGAUAUCACAGCGACACUGUUAACAAUGUUGGGGACAUGUUUUCAUACAGGAUCAGCAAAAUCAGCUUAGUUUAACAAACUUUUUGACAAAAAAGACCUGUAAUUUCAAAGUGUUAAGAGAACAGUUACUAGAUGGUACCCUAAGAAAUCAAAGAAUCAUGUGGAAAUUAUUUGGCGCCACUUUCGGCAAUCAAGUUACAGACUGAUUUCCAAGCUGUUUACCAGUUAAAGUUUUCUUAGCUAAGUACAAUUAUGUAUAGUCAAAUGAUACUAUUAUCUAAAUGUUUGUCUAUUUCCCAAUAAAAAUGAACACUGUUA